AUGGAUGCACACGUAGCACACUAUCGUGACCCCAUUAGGGGGUCGGCUUUCGCGCUUGGAAUAGCUAAGGCUCGCAUCGUCUAUUCGCCGCCGUUUACCUUCUUGGUCGGUCCCCAACACACUAAGCUCACAGUCCAGUCGGGUCUCGCUCAGCAUGUCUCCGAACCAUUGGACCAUUUGAUGAAUGGCCAGACCCGUGAGUCCAAGCACCAUAUCGCCGUCCUGGAGGAAGAGGAUGUCGAGACCUUUGUGGCCUUUUGCGAGUACGCCUACACGGGCGACUAUACCGUGCCGCCACCCGGGUCUCGCGAGGAGGAGCAGGAGAUCCCUGUGGUCAGCAACCCCUUCGACAGUCACACGGGUGUGCCUCCCUUCGUGCCGUCGCCCCCAAACUCGGGCGGCUUCUCUGACAGAGGACGGGAUGACUGGGCCGGUGAAGAGUUUGAUCCUGGCCAAUAUCCGCAGACCGUUGAGGCAGAGGCAACAACAGGCCAGUAUGGCUUGACGACCGAAAAUCCUGAAGCGACAGGCGAGGCGCCAGAAGACCCGGCGACUGCGACAGUAGAGUCCGCCGAGCAGCAACACCCAACUGCAGAGAGUGACCCGCGGGACUUGAAUGACGAUGCGUGGGCCCCCCAAAACCAGAUCAAGACAAGCAAAAAGAACAAGAAAAACAAGAAGAAGCAGAAGGGUGGUGCAUCAGCGGAAGAUCCCGGCUCGAAUUUGACGCCCCCCACCACGCCGCCCCCCGAGAAACCGCAGGAGGGAUUUGAGGGCCAACCCCCCACUGCUGAAACCGCCGAAGUAUCAGACGAAUGGGAACGAUUGACGGGGGCACCUGGUACCGCUGAUCCCGAGGAUUCUGCACAACCCACCGACGCAGCUGCACCGGAGGACCUCGAGCAGCCCGCACCCAUACCGCCAGAAGAUGAUACCGCUGCGCACCCCCAACAAGUGGGGGAUGAAGGUGAGUGGAACGAGCAGACCCAAGAGGAGACAGGUAGGGAUGUGGAUGGGCCCACCGGACCCCCAACGAGGUCCUUCAUCGACUCGUCUUUCGUCAGACAAGAUUUCUCCAACCGACACGAGACGGGUAUCAGUCUCUGGGAUGAGUUUGCAACCAUCGACUACGUUGAUCCCCGCAAGUUCAGCACGAGACCGCCGAGCUCAUUCUCUGGCCACCUCCAGCCGAGCGGAUCGGACCUCCCGUACCUCUUGUUCCACGCCAAGCUCUACGUCUUUGCAACGCGAUAUCUGAUCCCUGCGCUGGCGCAGUUGUGCCUCCGGAAGCUGCAUCGAGACCUUGUGCACCUCGGAUUCCCCGAAUCUGCCACCGAUAGGUCCGACCCGGAGCAGAUGAUUCUGACCAACACCAAGGCUCGCAUGGUGCUCGACCUCCUCCACUAUGCAUACACCAAGACGACCCGGCUCGAGCCGAUAUCGCCCACCUCGGCCACUCAGCUGCGGUACAACGAGCUGCGAAGGCUGGUCAUUCAUUACGCCGCCUGUAAAGUGCGGGACCUUGCGGAGUUUUGUCCUCCCUUGGAAAGAGAGGUGGGUUAUACGUGGACUGGCUUUGAAAAGCCCUCUGCGCGGGGCCUACGUGGGCUCCUGGACACCACGACGGAGCUAGCGUCAGAUUUGGUGUACCGGAUGAUGUGAAGGACUUGGUGGUUUCUCGCCGCUCCUUUUUCUGUUUCCCUCCGUCCAUUUCUUCAUUUCCCUUUUUUGCACGUCGAUUCUUCCUCUCCCAAUCCUUGCUGUCCUUCUCCUUCCUCAUUGGGCGAUUUUU